CAUUCCUCUGUGUGGGUGGUGCAGCUGCAGGUAUCUGUGUGGGUCCCCCAUUCCUCUGUGUGGGUGGUGCAGGCUGCAGGUAUCUGUGCGGGUCCCCAUUCCUCUGUGUGGGUGGUGCGGCUGCAGGUAUCUGUGCGGGUCCCCCAUUCCUCUGUGUGGGUGGUGCGGCUGCUGGUAUCUGUGCGGGUCCCCCAUUCCUCUAUGUGGGGGGUGCGGCUGCAGAUAUCUGGGUGGGUCCCCCAUUCCUCUGUGUGGGUGGUGCAGCUGCAGAUAUCUGGGUUGGUCCCCCAUUCCUCUAUGUGGGUGGUGCGGCUGCAGGUAUUUGUGUGGGUCCCCUAUUCCUCUGUGUGGGUGGUGCGGGUGCAGAUAUUUGUGCGGGUCCCCCAUUCCUCUGUGUGGGUGGUGCAGCUGCAGGUAUCUGUGUGGGUCCUCCAUUCCUCUGUGUGGGUUGUGCAGCUGCAGGUAUCUAUGUGGGUCCCC